AUGCUGCUGGGCAGCCUCCUCCUCCUGGUGGCCACCACGACUACCACCCAAGUGAAGGGACAGCAGGCAAACAGGCGUAGGCAGGUAUAUGGAAUCCAGCAUGACCAGUGCGGCUACACCAUCUUGCUGCCUGAGCUCCCACACUCCCCACCAAAAUCCACAGCUUUGAAGGCAUCCAACAACACCCAGAACCAGCUACCCAUCAUUUGUGCAGGGCUGUUAUCUGACCAACAAAUGGAACAGCUGAAGAAUGUACUGAAGUACAGCCCACAGAGGCUGCAGAAGGUAUGGCUGGGGCUCUGGAGAUACAUCCUGAUCAUCUUGAGACCAGACCUACCACUGGACCAGCAAAACAUAGAGCAGACCCACCUGGCCCCCAUGCUCCAGAACCAGACCCAGAAGCUGACAGGCAUGGAGGAUCAGGUCCUGAACCAGAAGUCAUGCAUGGAGAUCCAGAUGAUGGAGAUUCUACUGACCAUCACCAAACUAGAGAAGCAGCUGCAGGAGCAGAGCUAUGAGCUCAACCAGUUGCAUGGCUGCAACAGCGACCUGAAGACUAAGUUGCUCACCCUGAAGGUGCAGAAAGAGGCCCAGCUUGCCAGUAUCCACAGCUUGAAGGCACAGCUGCCACAGCUGCUGAAACACCAGAGCUGCACCCUCACCAGCAUCCAGCACAACCUACAAGCUGAAAGCAGCAACUCCAGCAUUCUGCAGCAGAGGCAGCACCAAUUCCUGGAGAACCUGAAGCAGCUCAUGUGCCUGGUAGACCAGAGCCCAGGUGCAGCUGAGCAGGUAUUCCGAGACUGUGAGGAGAUCCAUAGGUUUGGAGUCAAUAAGGAUGGCGUCUACACCAUCCACAUACCCAAUCUGAACCAGGCCAAGAGGGUGUUCUGUGUGAUGGGCACAGAUGGAGGCACAUGGACCGUCAUCCAGCACCGGGAGAACAACAAAGUGGAUUUUGAACGGAACUGGGAGGAUUACAAGCAGGGCUUCGGAGACCCAGGGGAGCACUGUCUGGGCAACGAGGAGGUGCACCAGCUCACCAGCAGCGCAAAGUACUCUCUGCGUGUGGAGCUAAAAGACUGCCACGGCAACCCAGCCCACAGCAACUUCAAGCAUUUCCAGCUGGGCAGUGAAGAACAGUUUUACAAGUGGGCUUGGGGCCCAGAUGGCGGGCAGGCUGAGGUCCCUGGUGGGUGGGCUGUGUUCCAAGGCUAG